AUGGACUGCUUCCCCACCCUACAGAUGCACGCCGACUGGGUGAGGGAUGUGGUAUGGGCCCCGAAUCUGGGGCUCCCAAAAUCGACGAUCGCUAGUGCUUCUCAGGACGGGACGGUUGUCAUAUGGACGGUGGCGAAGGAAGGAGAUCAGUGGGAGGGGAAGGUCUUGAACGAUUUCAAGACGCCAGUGUGGAGGGUGUCAUGGUCACUGACUGGGAAUAUAUUGGCAGUGGCAGACGGGAACAACAAUGUGACGUUGUGGAAGGAGGCGGUAGAUGGAGAGUGGCAGCAGGUGACGACAGUUGAACCCUAG